GCUGCCCAGCAGGCCUUCUGAAUUCAGCACAAGGCGACUGAGGAUAAGAAGACCUUUUUGAACAUGGGAGUGAAACACCUGUUGCUGUUUUUCAUCUGUGCCAUCAAAACAACUGAGGACGGCAAUGGAACCAGUUUUUCAGAUUUUUGAGCUGUUCCUGUUACCUGCUCUGUUCUUCAAAAACCUUCAAGACUAAAACAUGCAGGGAGGAGAGGAGGAGGAGAAAAGAAGAAACGCGUCGGAGGCGACAAGAGAGAGAGGAAGCAGAGAAAGUUGGUAGAGGAGCAAGAGGGCGAGAGGAGAGGAGAGAAGUGAGGGGUCGACCAGAUGGGAGGAAGGAAGGAAAGGAUCUCUCGGCGGGCUCAAGUGCUUGAUUAAAGGAUUCUGCAUAAAUAAACACAAUCAAAUGAAUCAAAGCCUAUAAUAAAAAAAAAAAGAGGAAUUAUAGGCGCGCCACCGUGUUGCGUGGACGCGGACAAGACAGCGGUGGUGCGCGCUGGAGCAGUCAAGUCCCGUCUUUCUCUCUCUCUCUCUGGUUUUCACUCCUCAUGUUAUUUCUUCAAAGUCGCGGGGAGCUUCACUAACUUUUGGUGGAAGUUUGAAGAAAAACUUCCUGUCCCCUCGUCUUUUCAUUGAACUUUCUCCCCGGAAAAGAAGAGGAGCUCCGGGGUGGAAGUGGAGGAAGGAAGAGCUGUUUUGUGCCUUCCGAGGAGUGCAGCUCGCCGUAGCCGGGGUUUAGGCGUUGGCACCCGGACAGGGAGUCCCUCGUCAUGGCCGGGGCCAAGCCGGGAGUCCACGCGCUGCAGCUCAAACCCGUGUCCGUCCACGAAGCGCUGAAGAAGGGGGGCAAAUUCAUCAAAUGGGACGAGGAGCCUAACAGCGGCCCCCCCACCUUGGUAACACUGAGAGUUGACCCAGAUGGAUUCUUUCUGUACUGGACUGGAGGGUCCAACCUGGAGGUGGAGAUUCUGGAUAUCAGCACCAUCAGGGACACCCGAACAGGAAAGUACGCCAAGCUACCAAAGGACCACAAGGUGCGGGAUGUGCUCGGCUGCGGUAAGGCUGACAGUGUAGAAGGGAAGCUGGUAACCGUCGUCUAUGGAAACGACCUGGUCAACACCUCCUAUCUCAACUUCCAGGCUAUGCAGGAAGACACAGCCAAGAUUUGGACAGAUGAGCUGUUCACUUUGGCCACAAACAUACUCUCCCAGAAUUCAUCGCGGAACACCUUCCUCCUCAAAGCGUACACUAAGUUAAAGUUGCAGGUGAAUCAGGACGGGAAGAUUCCAGUGAAGAAUAUUCUCAAGAUGUUUUCAGAUAAAAAGAGAGUGGAGACGGCUCUGGAGCAGUGCGGCCUCGUAAAUAACAAGUCAGAGGGAAUAAAGCCAGAUGAUUUAACAUGGGAGGCCUUCCAGAAGUUUCUUGACGCUCUCUGUCUCCGGUCUGAGAUACAAAGCAUCUUUGAAGAAAGUGGAUCCAAGAGGAAGCCGUUCAUCUCUUUGGACCAGCUGACGGACUUCAUCAACCACAGGCAGCGAGACUCUAGAUUGAACGAGGUGUUGUACCCCCCGCUGAAAAGAGAACAGGUCCGACAGAUCAUGGAGAGAUAUGAGACCAACACCAGCCAGCUGGAGAGAGACCAGAUCAGCGUGCAGGCUUUCAGUCGGUAUUUAGGAGGAGAAGAAAACACCAUUACACCUCCCGAGAGGCUGGACGUAAUCGACGAUAUGACUCAACCGCUGUCUCACUAUUUUAUCAACUCCUCACACAACACAUACCUCACGGUGGGUCAGCUGACCGGUCUAUCAUCAGUAGAGAUGUACAGACAGGUGCUGUUGACCGGCUGUCGCUGCGUCGAGCUGGACUGCUGGAAGGGCCGACCGCCAGACGAGGAGCCGUACAUCACCCACGGGUUCACCAUGACAACUGAGAUACCUUUCAAGGAGGUGAUUGAAGCGAUAGCAGAGAGCGCUUUCAAGACCUCGCCGUACCCCGUCAUCCUGUCCUUUGAAAACCACGUAGAUUCGGCCAAGCAGCAAGCCAAGAUGGCGGAGUACUGCAGGACCAUAUUUGGAGACGCCCUGCUCAUUGAUCCACUGGAGAAAUAUCCGCUGAUACCUGGGCAGGCGCUCCCCUCGCCGCAGGAGAUGAUGGGGAAGAUUCUCAUCAAAAACAAGAAGAAGCACCACCAUCGGCCCUCCAGCGGUGGCAGCAUUCGACGCAGAGAGCUGGAGGAGCAGUCGUCGCCUCACAACGACUGCCCUUUGACAGACGGCGAGGGGAGCCAGCUGUUGUCCAAUGGGGAGGAGAAGCUGGCUGAGAGAUUGGUCAAAGACUCAGAGCCUCGCAAGUCCAUCGGAGGUGAGGGAGAGAGCGAGGAGGACGAAGAUGACGAGCCGGUGACAGAACUGAAAAAACCGAACUCUGAUGAGGGGACAGCCAGCAGUGAGGUGAACGCCACAGAGGAGAUGUCGACCCUCGUCAACUACAUCGAGCCUGUCAAGUUUAAGACCUUUGAGGUGGCAAACAAGAGGAGGAAAUUCUUUGAGAUGUCGUCAUUCGUGGAAACGAAAGGCAUGGACACGCUAAAGAGUUCCCCUAUCGAGUUUGUCGAGUACAAUAAGAAUCAGCUGAGCCGAAUCUACCCUAAAGGAACGAGGGUGGACAGCUCCAACUACAUGCCUCAGCUCUUCUGGAACGUCGGCUGCCAGAUGGUGGCGCUAAACUUCCAGACCCUCGACCUCCCUAUGCAGCUGAACAUGGGGGUGUUUGAGUACAACGGCGGCAGUGGCUACCUGCUGAAACCCGAAUUCAUGAGAAGGACAGACAAACACUUCGACCCUUUCACGGAGAACAUCGUGGAUGGAAUAGUUGCCAAUACUGUCAAGAUUAGGGUGAUGUCAGGCCAGUUCCUGACAGAUAAGAAGGUUGGCGUGUACGUGGAAGUGGACAUAUUUGGACUUCCUGCAGAUACAAAACGGAAGUAUAGAACCAAAACGUCCAAUGGGAAUUCACUGGACCCUGUGUGGGAUGAUGAAAUUUUUAUCUUCAAUAAGAUUGUCCUCCCUACACUGGCCUCUCUGAGGAUAGCAGUGUUUGAGGAAAAUGGGAAGUUUAUUGGACACCGUAUCCUCCCUGUGUCCGCCAUUAGACCUGGGUACCACUACAUCAACCUAAAGAAUGAGUUAAACCAGCCGCUCCUGCUGUCCUCUCUGCUGGUUUGCACUGAGGCUCAGGACUACAUCCCUAAUGAACACCAGGAGUAUGCAGAGGCCCUGACCAACCCCAUUAAACACGUCAGUCAGUUGGACAAGAGAGAGACACAGCUGGCUGUUCUCCUUGAGGAAAACAGUGAGCAUGUCCUCAACCAGCCCAAAGAGGGAGAACCCAACAAAGAGAGCGAGGUCAUUCCAGGGUGUCAACUCCCCUCCCCCUUCCACAAUAUCCUCCCCUGCCAAUUGGAGGAUGUCCCCGACGUCAUCAACUUACCUACGCCAGCGCAAAGCCAGAAGGAGGACCUCAUAGCCACAGUUCUGGCAGACAUAGAGGUCCAGUCUGCAGAGGAGUUGAGGCAGCAGAAAAACUACACGAAGACUGCAAAGAAACAUAGCAAAGAACUCAAAGAGCUUCAUAAGAAACACCUUAAGAAGGUGUGGAACCUGAGUAAGGAGCAGAAGAGUCGAAACAGUCAGCUUCAAUCUGACACUCAGAGGAGGCGCAGUCAGAUGGAGAAACACCUCAAACGGAGCAUCAGGAAAAAUGAGCCUCAGGAGCCAGUGCAGCGGGAACUGACGGCGUUGGAUCAGGAGCUUGAGAAGCAGGUGGUCCAGCUGAGGGAAUGGCAGAUGCAAGAGCUGCUGAAGCUCCGACAGCAACAACACACGGUGGAGAGAGAGAAGCAACAGACACAUCUGCAAGAGGCCUACCAGAAGUUAAAGGAGACGGCCCAUGAAUGCCAAGCAGUUCAGCUCAAGAAGCUCAGGGAGACGUGCGAGAAGGAGAAGAAAGAGCUCCAGAAAAUCCUGGACAGGAAGCGGCAGAACAGCAUCAGCGAAGCCAAGAGCCGUGACAAAGACAAGGCUGAAACGGAACUGAAUGACAUCAACAGGAAACAUAUUCAGGAUUCGGUCACACUAAUCAGAAGGCUGGAGGAGGCUCAGACCAGGAGACAGGACAAGGUGAUGCUGAGACAGCGGGAAGUGUUGCAGCACAUAGAUGAGGAACUUCCACUGCUCCAGUCUCAGUUGGAGAGGGAACAGGAGGAGGAGUACAAGCGAUUACCGGAGGAAAUCUGCCAGCACCUGCAGUCGGAGCUCCAAAACAAAGGUCUGCGAAAGGACGCCCUGUUUUCCUCUUUGUCCAAUCAUAGCAGCCCCAGCUCCGGCUCGGGUCCACCCUCCAACUGCUCCACACCCUCCUACCCGUCAACGCCCAAUCGAAGCACCUGGAAUAGGAGCCUGGACAAUAGCAAUGCCUCAUUGGCCGAUUCCACGUCUUCAUCCGCCACCCCUGUCCUGUCAGAGGGAGAGAUGUCGUUCAGUUAGAAUUAUAACUUGUAAAAAGGAAAAUACAUACAUUCAACUGGGGUCUAUAAUGAUUAUAAUGUGGGAUAGUAAUGAUAUUAAUUAUUUACUAAUUUUAUUCAUUUUUUUAUUACAGACAGUUAUUGUCUACAGAGCUAUAUUAUUUUUUAUUUUGCUGCUGAUGUGUUUUUGUCAGAUGACACAUCAUGCAUUUUGUUGAAUCACAACCAAACUGUUUUUUUUUAUUUUGUUUUUUACAUUUUCUUGUCUCUUUGUCCUGCUUUUAAAGUCAUGUCAUACUGUUUUUCUUUGCAUUGUUUCCAUUUUUCUGGUCAGUAAGUUUUUGCUUCAUGCUAACACUGUUAUUGCUUUUAAAAGUUUUUGUUCACAACAGCUUUAACCACUUUUUUAAGGACUUUUUUGAAAGCCUCCAGGCUACUUCAAAAGUAUUUCUCACCAAAUUUUGACCGAUGACAUUUCUUCAUACUGACUUUAUGACCUGUGGAGAUGUCUGUGUGCUGCAACUAAGCCACUUCUUAAACACAUUGAUAAUGAAAGCCAGAGAAAAGGAGGGUAGGUUAUAGAAAUUAGAAUUAUUAAGAAAAAAAGGGUUGAAUCCUUUUUUAUAGAAAUUAUUGAAAAUCUUACAUUUUAGCUGUAAUUGCAGUAGCUGACAAGCAGGUGGUGUUGCAGACUUAGUUGUUUUUUUAAUAUAUGCUUUGAGCUGUCCAGUCAUCUUGCCUGAUUAUCCUAUUAUACAGUACCCAAACACACACACACACACACAAACACACACACCUGUCUCGCCAGGAUUUGCAGCCCCAUUGUUCAGGAUAAACCUGUGGCCUUUAACCUCCAAUCAAAAUCCUGCCAAGGUUGGUUGGGGGGCGGUGAGCAGACAUCCAUCUGGCUAGAAGGAAGUGAUGUAACACUCUCACUUUUUUAAAUGCAUGUGUGAGCAGACAUCGCUCUUACAAACACACACACACCCAUCACUGCAUUUUCUAAUGAUGUGCUGUAUUGACACACAGCUACAUCUAUUGGUUCAGAAGCCGAAAGUCUUCAAAAUCCUCAUGCCAUUCAAUCUACUCUCUGUUUAAAAAAACAGAGCACACACACACACACACACACACACACAACACACUUUAGAGAGGAACCGCAGUCAUUUUACAAAUAUCAGAGAUUACCCAACUCUGCAAGGGUAUUUGUGAGUAUGUGGCUAGAACUUAAUCUGUUGAUGAGACAUCUACUUUCGAGGACAGUAAUACUUCUUACUAAAUGGAAAGAGUCUGAUCAGUGUGUGUGUGUUUGUGCGUCCGUGUCCGUGUGUGUCGGUGCUGGUAGUUUUCCAUUUUGGCAGCCUGGAGAAGAACAUUAUAUGUUUAAACAGCAAAGCAACUGAUUAUGACUUAAAGCUGCACUAUGAAUUUGAUUUGCUCAAUUUAGCCAAAUUAUUAUUGUUUUAGUUUUAGAUAUUGCGCUGCAAAAAGAUCAUGACAGAUUUCAUAAAGUGACCACUUAGAUGAAAACAGAGCUGUAGGUCUAUGAAGUUUUUUAGAUGAAGUUUUAAAAUUCAAAGAGUUACCUCUCAUUGCUGUUCGGGGAAAUCAUGUGAAUAACAGUAGUUGUUGUUUCCCGAGUUAUCAUCAAACAUAGGAACAGCCUUUGUAAAUGAUAUUUUAUGGUGCAUAUACCAAUGGAAAUAUCCCACAGUAGCUCCCUUGGUGUGUCCAUUCAUACCAAAUGCUGAAAGAGGGAUUGUGGUGCACAAACUAAGCGGUACUUAAAUUUUUUGCUUCCUGGCCUGUUAUAUUUAUUUCCGUCUGUUUUCUGUCAUCCAUUAUUGGAGACCUUUUUUUUUUCAGCAGCAAAAUGUUCUUUGUUUGUCUGUCUUGUCCACUUUGAGGAGUAAAAUAAUGGCACUCUGUGUAUAUGUAUUCUGUGUAUAUGUUUAGUUUUACGUGAAUUUUACUACUGACCACAAGUGCUGAAGAGAUAUGGAGGAUAGGAAACGGCGAGGAAGGCUGAGGCGAAACAUGAGGGAUGAAACAAGAGUGAAGUGUUAAUUAACAAGUCCUUUCUUGUCUUUUCCCACCUCCCUCCUUCAAUGAGCACUGGCUGCCUGUCUGUCUGAUUAUCCCCCCUCCCAUACACACAGAGACCCUUUGUAAACUAUCAUCUAUUUAAAUGGAAUUUUAACAACUUUUUCUUUUGUGGUUAUUUAAUUUUUUAUUAAUGGAGGAAAGUGAAAGCAACUCGAAGCCAGAAACAGUUAUGACAUUAUAAGUUUAACUUCUUUGUCAUUAGUAGGGCGACAGCAACAAUAUUCACCCAUUGGGGUCAGCAUUCUUCCAAAUGAGUACAGUAUGUAAAUGUAUUUACUCAGCUAUCGCACUUUGGACACUAAUGUAUACAGUGUGUUAUAAAGUCAGAGUAUUUGCUUUAUACAGCAGGCUCCAGUCCCAAGUCAAAAGAGUUAUUUUGCCCCAAAAUAAGUUGAUACAUUCCUCACAGGCGGGCUGCAUUUAAGGUCAAGUUGGUCCGAGCCAUUCCAAGUUUCCUUUGGCAAGUAUUCAAAGUCACAUUCUGUGUUGCCUUAAAUAUGAUUUGUACAUUGUUAUUUGGUACUCAAGAUUUUCUUUUUCAUUCUUAUUUUUGAGGUAAAACAUCCCCUUUCAGAUCGGCAUGAGAUUUUACAAUAAUUCCUUCCCACUGUUUUUUCAUGUUUAAAUGCACUUUUAUCACUCUCCUUUUUUGUUGCUGUGACAUGGACAUCAAUACAACCACUUCCCAGUGAUUUUUACUUUGUGUAAAGCUACAAUAGAUGUUUAUUUUUUACGAGGUUGUGGAAAAAGAGUCAUUGAGCACAUUUUUGGAUAUUCGACAAGUCACAAGAAAAGGUUUUCUUUGUGGUUGUUGGUACUUCUGCAUUAAAUCUGCGUUAAGAAAAGCCUGUUAUGAUACUGGAUGUUAAAAGAUGUCACAUCAUGUAGAUGAAAACAAAACCUUUUAACAGCCUAAAUAAUGUAACAGCCUGACGUAGGCCUGUCCCUGAGAUAAAUUGUAUAAAUGAAUCAUUACCAAAAUGUUAGAGCUUUAGAAAUCCAACAAACUCAUGCAACAAUUGGACAUAACAUUUAAUGUAAUCACUGAACAGGUAUAUACUGUAGUGUGUGCAGUGCAUCACAGCUUCAGGAUCAUGUCAGGAAAAGUGUGAUGAAGUCAAACAAUCUGAGAAAAAUAUUUAUUAUAUUUACAAUUCUAAAAGGAAAAAAAACUAUAUAAAAAUAAAUGUGGAACAUACCAAAAUAACUAUAAAUAGGCUAUUUCAAGUCUGUUUUUUGUGUUCUGUAGACGUUCAACUGUACUGUAGAAACACAUAUUAAACGUAUCAUAUACCAGGAGACGAAAGAAAGCAACACAGUUUACCGGUGGAACUGCUGGAUUAAAUUACGUAUACCAUUAUGUUCAAUAGAUACUGUCUGUCUUGUUUGAAUCACUCUAAUAUGUUUUAAUUGUGGCAUUUUAGGAAUUUUUGCCUUAAUGCCAAGAACUGACACCAUGGAUCAGCAUGCAGCUGUUAGCUCUGAGACUGGAAUUAGUGGUAAAAUGUAAAAGCGCUGCUCUAAUACUGGAUUGUUAGUUAGAUAUAAUAACUAGCUUGAUUUGUAAAACAGAAAAAAGUACUUUAAUUGAAUUGACUUUCAGUGGCACCAAAUCUCUUUUCCUGUGAGAUCUUGAGUGCAACUUGUUUCUUUAGUUCAUUUUAAAAAUUCAGCUGUUGAUUAACAUCAGGCUUAAAGCUGCACUAAUCAAUAUUUUUAUAUUACCAAUGGAUCAAAUUACUGUGUGUAAUAUGAAAGGGGUCACUGGUUGUGAUGAGCCCACAGAGAAUAAUAACCUGACUCUGCAGUUCCUCCCAGCAUUUUAGCGUCUUUCAGCUAAUUGUUUAGGUUUUGUCGACCACAAUUUUAAUGUUUUGUUUGACUCUCAGCACACAAAAUUAGCAAUUAUCUGGUGAAUGUGUAGUGGAGCAUUUGGCAGCUAUAAAGCCAGAUAUUUUCUCAGGACUUGGCACAGACCAAAAUAUGAAGCCUACAAGGAGAGUGAAUAUUGGACUUGUCAAGUUGUGAAAAACACAACUCCAAAUGAGUGCCAAUGUUACUCUGUGUCUACUGGAUCUGUAAAUAGGCAGCUGUUUGCUAUAUUAAAGGGAAAAUUCACCGCCGUGAAUGUAAUGGUUUCUUACAACUAUGUCACCCGUGUAGUAGAAAUUUGAAAUUUGAAAUUGGUGCCCUAUAACCAGAGAAAACUGAGAAAAGGCUGUAGAUUUCCCAUAUUGCUUUUAAGGGGGAUUCCUACAACUACCAGAAUGCAUUGCGUGCAGUGCCGUUUAUGGAAUUAACGUGGCGAUUACGUUUCCCAGCAGAGCAGCCGGUUAGCAGAGACAAAGUAUUAUAUAUCUCUAUACUGAGGCUUGUUUUCAUUCACAAAACAUUAUGCCUCAUCAGACUGGAUACAUCGUACUGGUAUCCAAGCAUCAUAAAACUUAACUGCAGUCAGUUAAGUGGAUAAUUGUAAACCUACUGAGAGUUACACGUGAAUACUGCUAGAGAGAAACAAUCGUGGGUGAAAAACUGUAAGCAAACACUGAUAUGUUUGACGGCACUGGUGCUGGAUGAACAACAGAUUUUGCAGCUGCGCCCCAGAGACACAGAGAACGUCGGCAACAACUGUUGUUGUUUUUCACACUAUAUCCCUAAUUUGGGUAACUACGUUUGAAAAUCGGCAAAAUGGCCCUUUAGCUUUUUCAGCUGAUAAAAUGUCAGUAUUGAGUCUACAGCUGGUUGCACUGCCAAUGAGUAGAAAACAUCAAUUCAUAUUUCUCAAAUGAGUUUCUAUUUUAUUUUCAGCACUAUACCUGCCAUGCAUUAUAACAAUGCAACAUGUGGAUUCAUCUGUGACAACUUAGCAUUACUGAACAUACUAAUUGCUGAAAAGCUUUAGCAUGUACAACCAGAGCGAUCUAACAGUCACAGAAGUCCUAAUCCUGGAUUCAGUGCUACUGUCUGAUUUUGUGCAAGAUCAGUAAAUAUCCCAGAAAGCUAGUAUAGUCCCUACAACCCUAAUUGGAUAUCUUGUAAACUUCCAUUUUUAACCAUGACAGUACUGUUUCCUACACCCGCAAAUUGGCCUGUGCUUCCUUGGCAGACAGUGAGCUGAUAGAGGAGCGCAGUCAGUAUGCUAAUGCCGUUAGCUACUUUCCUUCUACCAGAAUGAAGCCUGGGGGUUGUUUCCUGUCUGCCAUGAGCUUUAACCUUUGUUAUAUCUGUCCUGUUUAUGUUGAAAACACACAUUUAAACGGACACGCACAAUAUCCCACUCUGACACAAACACAGCAGCCUGCCAUUUGAAACUAUGUUCACUUCAGCAUUACACACACAAACACCCCUUGACUUAACUCUUAUUAGACAUUUGGUGUGCCUAGCCUGCCUCCGGCCCACCCAGAGGCCUCUGGCUGUCAUGUCUUCUCUCUCUCUCCCUUUCAUUUUCUCUCUCUAUCCCAAUGCCACGUUUUCUUCCCUCCAGUUUCAUCCAAUAAUUAGACCAUCUUUUACUUUUGGAUUAGUUAAAUUAAUUAAAAGCAGCAGCCGUGUUUGUUUGUAUACUUCAGAUAAUGAGAGACUAGAAGCAGCAUGCAACAUACAUUAGACAGGACAUGCAAUGAGUUUUGUUGACGCUGUAUAUGUACAGUAUAUGACUGUCGGAUAUAAAGGGAAUACUCUAUAAUGAGUCAGAUGUAAUAUUUUAUUGUUCCUUCAUAAUUAAUUAGUACAUGACUGAAGAUUCAGUAAUAAAUUUCGAUGGCCUCUAAACAGAGCUGAACCUCGA